UAUGCUUGUAACUUUUUCCCACAAAUGUUUGACGAUCGCCAUUUGUGUGCUGUAGUGGAGGAGGUAAAACAGAAAUGGAAAAGCCUGCGCGAUACAUAUACAAGAAAAAAGCGCGAAGAUGAUUGCCGAAGUGGACAGGCUGCCAAAAACAAGAAGCCGUGGAAAUUUAUGAAGGUCAUGGAGUUCCUCGCAACAUCAACUGAAUUUCGAAGUGUUCACAGCAAUAUUCCUCAUGAAAAUAUGGAUGAAGAGGUUGGCCAAGUGGUGGUCAGAAAAGAAGUGAGCGACAGUGAAGAAGCACCAGCAAGCACGUCUCCAGGAUCAUCAUCCUCCGGCCCAACUGUGACAAGGUGUACUGAAAAAAAAAGAAAACGGCCAGAGACACCAGACUUCCUUGGCCGGUACCUCUUAUCCAAAGAAGCCAGGGAAAGUGAGAAAGAGGAACGCAGAAGAGAGAAAGAGGAGCGCAGAGAGCAAAGAAGAGAGCAACAAAAUGAUGAUAAUUACUUGUUUGCUCUUGGCUUGAUACCAGCACUAAGGAGAUUGUCUCCAGUCGUACAGUCUUCGGUCAAAUUAAAAAUACAUCAGCUGUUGCAUGAUGCUGAGUUUGGCCAGGCCUCUUCUGCUUUUUUCACUCAGCAGUCACCGGUGUCCUAUCGUCAGGUCACCCCGCAGACCCCAACAAACUAUGGCUGCUCUACAACUUGGCUACCCUAAAAGAAGUUUAUUAUAUGCAUUUUUGCAUU